AUGAUGCUCUGGAUAAUUCUUGGGCUAAUUUCUGCAAAUUUGGCUGCUAUAAAACAUGUUCACGUUGAUGGCGACACUGAACCCGUGGAAGAAGAAAUUAUUGGACCAUGCAUUGGUUCUCACUGCCCAGAAGGAUACUUCUGCCGUGAAAGAAAUGGUAAUCACUUUUGCUCAAAACCACGGGAAAAGCAUGAACUGUAG